CCACACUGAAAUAGCCGAAAAGCCCACAAAUCGACGACACCUUCGUGAUAUAGCGGUUUAAAAUUUUGAGGUGUUCUCAAAAUACAUCGCAAACUUUUUCUUAUUAGAAAUCGCUCAGUGGUGGGGGGAGUAUAUAAUUUUCACUUUGUGUCGCUUUUGCUAGUGUUCAGGUUAAUUUUAACUGGCAUUCAAAAAAAUACUGAAAGCAACAUGAGUGAUGAAGAACAGAAAUUGGCGGUGAUCCGCAAAGCAUUCGCUAUGUUCGACACCACCAAGUCGGGAUACAUUGACACCAUGAAAAUCGCAACCAUACUGAAUACCAUGGGCCAACUGUUCGAUGAAAACGAAUUGAAUAGUCUUAUCACUAAGAAUGACCCAGACCGUACGGGAAAAGUAAACUUUGAUGGAUUCUGUGACAUUGCCAGUCACUUCUUGGAAGAAGACGAUGAUGAGUCUACGACGCAGGAACUCAAAGAAGCUUUCAGAUUAUAUGACAGAGAAGGUAACGGAUACAUCACCACCGCCACACUCAAAGAGAUCCUAGGUGCUUUAGAUGACAAACUGACAAACAGGGACUUGGACGGUAUCAUCGCUGAAAUUGAUACUGAUGGAUCAGGAACUGUAGAUUUUGAUGGUGAGACUCUGAACUUAACAUAUAGUCGUAGUAGCUUUAUGUUCUAGAAUGGCUAAGCAAUUUUUGCUCUGACCUGUACGUUUUAAUUUUGCAUAAUAAUUGCGUUUUAACGAUUUUUUUUAAUUGCAAUAUAUGUCUGUCAUUUUAGUUUAUCCGAUCGGUUAUGACUUCCUGAUCCAGCGAAUUAUGCAUAACAUAACAUUUACAGAUUUGGGUUCUUUUGCACCGCUACAUGUUCCUGCAGAGGUGUCAGAUUGUCUUGCUCUUACAUACGAGGUCCCAAAAUGAGUUCCCUUCAGGUGUUUUUUUAACUUUGGGAGGAGAAAAAGUCUCAAGGGUUCAAGUUAGGCAAAUAAGGAGGCUGAGGAGCCACAGGAAUGUUUUCAUGGGCCAACAACUCGUUUAUUGAAAUUGCUGUGUGACAAAGAACAUUAUCGUGUUGCGGCACUUAGUUGUUUUUUCGAUGAACGGUGGCGCUAAUCAAAUUUAACUCUUCCCCGAUCAAUCUGACUGUCAACCGACGAUCUGAACGCACAAGAUGUCGGAUUGUAUCGAUACUAUAAUCGGUUCUUGAAGAUGAAGGCCUUCCCUUUCGUGGUUCAUCUUCAAUCGACAGUCUGAAAAUGCCUUAAACCACCGAAAAACCCGGGCUCUUGACAAAACACUAUCUCCGUAGGCCUGCUAAAAUUUAGCAAGAGUUUUCGUUGCACUAUGCCCAAGGAAAACAUGUUAGCACAACGUUGCUCUAAAUUGAUGUCACUCAUUUUUAGAAUACAAUAGGAGAAACAGUUUCAUAAAAAAAUCGCUUCGGACUACCAAAUGACUCGAAUGAGUUCACACUUGUACUGAAAGCGGAUCACACUUAUCUCCCUUCCCCGACGCCUCCAGUGUUGCCAGAUCGAAUGCUACGUUAUCAGUCUCAUUACUUAAUUUGCGACACCUCGUAUGUGCCGCUGGUAUUUUAGAUUGCAACAUUCACCUAGCACUUUUGUACGGACAAAAUGUUGCAGUUACGUAAGAAAAUGUGCUGUGAGUAACUUCUUAUUAUGGAAAUGCACCUUUAUGGGAUGUCUAAUAUCAUCAAGAUUCCCGAUUGUAUGAUAAACGCCAGCUUAUGAAUCGUAUGAAAAAAAUGCUGAAAUAGAAAGGAAGAACUACAAAAAUCCAUCAGUGCACAAGGAAAGAAUUUCAAUAACCCUUGCUGAAAGUAAUUUAAUGGAAAUCAACCGACGCCUUUGUCGAUAUUAAAGCAAACUUAAAACAGAAAGUUAGGACUAACGGACAACUUUGAGCAGUUAUUGAAUACUGUUUUAAAACAUAACUGAAAAAUAAAUUCUACUUUAUUUUACCAUUGUACAUGACCUAUCCAAUUUCUUAGACGUGCUGGCACUUUAACUUUGGCAGCCAGAACUGUAAAGUUUAACGACUUUGUGGAUUCAUUGCCAAAAUCCGGAUAAAUCUAGAUAGCAAAUAUUACGAAUUCGCACUUAUAAUAAUAUUAUCUCAUAUUAAAAACGGAUAUUGCUUCAUAUUCUUACACCACUGACGAUAUUUGCGGAUAUUUUGGUCUAUUUAUGAUUUUCAAUCAUUAUUUUUAGCCAAAAACAAACACAAUAUAAUUUUCCUUUAUUUUUGUUUCAGAAUUCAUGGAGAUGAUGACUGGAGACUAAACA